ACUACACGUGUUUACUUGAACUGUUUUGGUUUGUGAAAAUAGUAAACUUGUAACAACAACAAAUUCUUUCAUGGUGAUCAGACAAUAAUGAUCAAAAUCGGACGAAUAAUCGGUUCCAUUUGCUUGCAAAAUAACACCGUCUUGUCCGGUCGAUUGACCUCACCGGCGUUCAACAAUUGCGGUCAAUUUUCACGGUUCAAGUCGACCCGACAGAAAGCUGAGCUUAAGCGCCGGCUAAAAGCGGAACAAAAGGCUAAAGAAAAGGAGGAGAAAGAGAAACAGGCAACAGCUGCAUCUGCUGCUACGGGGGGUGCCAAGCCGAAAGAUCAAUCCAAAAUAAAUGAGGAGGAGAUUUCGCCGAAUGAGUAUUUCAAGCUGCGUAGUGCGGCCGUGGCCGAGCUGAAAAAAUCACCGGAAACGCAUCCCUAUCCGCACAAGUUCCAUGUCAGCUGUUCGUUGGAGAACUACAUUCAGAAGUACAGUGAUCUCAAGGAUGGAGACAUGCUGGAACAGGUUCAGCUUUCGGUGGCUGGCAGGAUUCAUGCCAUUCGGGAAUCGGGUGGGAAGUUGAUAUUCUACGAUUUGCGGGGCGAAGGCGUAAAGCUGCAGGUCAUGGCCAAUGCCAAAUUGUACGAGAGCGAGGCGGCUUUUGCCGAAGAUACGGCACGGCUCCGCCGGGGUGACAUCGUUGGCAUUCAGGGCUAUCCCGGUAAGACCAAAAAAGGGGAACUUUCUGUGAUUCCAAGAAAGUUGAAACUCCUGUCACCAUGUCUGCACAUGUUGCCGCAUUUACACUACGGCUUGAAGGACAAGGAGACCCGCUUCCGCCAGAGAUAUUUGGACUUGAUCUUGAAUAAUAAUGUGCGGGACAUUUUCUACGUGCGAGCCAAGAUCCUUAACUAUGUUAGACAAUUUUUAAACGGAAUGGGUUUCCUGGAGGUCGAAACUCCCAUGAUGAACAUGAUCGCUGGGGGUGCCACUGCGAAACCGUUCGUGACGCACCACAACGAACUGAAUAUGGAUUUGUUUUUGAGAAUUGCGCCAGAACUGUACUUGAAGAUGUUGACCGUGGGUGGUUUGGACCGCGUGUACGAAAUCGGUCGGCAGUUCCGUAACGAAGGUAUCGAUUUGACGCAUAACCCGGAGUUUACGACGUGUGAGUUUUACAUGGCCUAUGCCGACUACAACGAUAUCAUUGAUAUGACCGAGAAAAUGGUAUCCGGAAUGGUGAAGAGCAUUCUCGGGGGCUACAAGGUUAAAUAUCAUCCGGACGGUCCGGAAGGCAAGGAAUACGAGAUCGAUUUUACGCCGCCUUUCAAGCGAAUCUCGAUGAUCAGUUCGCUAGAGGAGAUCCUGAAGGUUAAGUUUCCUGCAGCGGAUCAGCUGAAUUCGACCGAGGCAAACAAAUUCUUAAGCGAUUUGUGUGUCAAGCACGAGGUGGAAUGUCCUCCUCCGCGCACGACGACCCGUUUGCUGGACAAGCUGGUUGGCGAGUUUCUGGAGGAGAACUGUAUCAAUCCGACGUUCAUCUGUGACCAUCCGCAAAUCAUGUCCCCGUUGGCCAAGUACCACCGUAGCGCUUCGGGGCUGACCGAACGGUUCGAGCUGUUUGUCAUGAGGAAGGAAAUCUGCAACGCCUACACGGAAUUGAAUGAUCCGGCCGUCCAGCGGGAACGCUUCGAGCAACAGGCCGCCGACAAAGCUGCCGGAGACGACGAGGCCCAACUGGUGGACGAGAACUUUUGCACCGCGCUGGAGUACGGUUUGCCGCCCACCGGUGGCUGGGGUAUGGGCAUGGAUCGGUUAACGAUGUUUUUGACCGAUAACAACAAUAUCAAAGAGGUGCUGCUAUUUCCAGCCAUGAAACCGGACGAUCCAAAUCGUGCCCAAAACCAACAAACGACCCCGGAAGCUGCCGCACUCAGUGUGCCGGCGGGGGAUGGCAAACAGUGACUAAUAUUUCGAUAAACAGUGCGAUUCUUCUCGGCGAUGCAUUAAUAUUUCGAAUAUUGCUAAUAAACUUUCGAUUUGUU